UUAUGUAGAAGUGUUGGACGAAUGAGUACAUAAGUAAACCUUUUUAGAGAUCUAAAUAUUGUUGCUAAACAUUCCUUCCUUUUAAUUUAAUUUAUAAGUCACCUUUGUUCUUUUGCAAAUAAAGUGAAAUCAUUUUUUAACAAAAGAAGAGUCAAGAUUUGUUUAAAAAAAGAGUUAAUAGAGGGAAACGAAAGCGUUGAGACGUUGAUGGAUCACAAUGGGUGAUCGAUACCACAAGGCUGCUCGCGAUGGGUUACUAGAAGUGUUGAAAGAAGCAACAAAAAAGGAAAUAAACACAAAAGAUGUUGAUGGAAUGACUCCAGUGUUAUGGGCGGCAUUUGAAGGCCGUCUAGAUACACUGCGAAUGCUUGUUGGAAGAGGCGGGAACCCUGACAAAUCCGAUCAAUUUGGCAACACAGCACUUCAUCUUGCUUCGGCAAAGGGACAUUUUUCUUGUGUAGAUUUUCUUGUGAAAUUUGGAGCUAACAUAUUUGCACUUGACAUUGACAAUCAUAAUCCUCAACAACUCGCUGCAAUCAAUAAUCGUGACGACAUUUUACGCUACCUCGACGCAGCAUCCGCUCAUCUUGAAGCAACUGACAAAAAGAAGGCAAAUGGAUUCAAAGAAAAAGCAAAAAAACAUUCAGAGAAAAGAAUCAAAGAAUUCUUGAAACGUCAACAGAAGCAAGAAGAACAACAAGAGGCUGAAAGAUCGAACAUGUUGAAAGCGAUGAAACACAAAUUUUGGACUGGAAGUCAUGGAAAUUUGAGUAAAUUGAAAGAUACAAACGUCGUGCAAACAAAUGACACUUUCAGCACGUUGGUUGGAACUGGAACAGUUGUUCAGCGAAGUGCGGCACAAAGGAAAAUUCAAGCACUUAAACAAACACGACAAGCCAAUGCCAAUGUUGCUGAGUUCAAAGUUGGCGAUGCAGAAAAUGGUGGAAGAUCUGUACGAUCAAUUGAAGGAAUUCAGAGAGAUUCUGAAGUGUUAUAUGUUGGCACGUUUCAAAAUGCAGGAAAUGAUAAACGAGGAAAACUUACUGACGUUUUUGAGUACGACUCAAGCAAUGCUGAUGAUAGAAAAAGUCUUCGACAAGCGACAUUAUCACGAUGCUUAAGUCAACCUGACUUCCUAGCUUCAGGUGCGAUCGGAAGUGACAUAAGUGAUGACAUUAAAAAUCAAAGACCGUCUGGACUUUUUGAUCGUCCUGGCCUUGGAUCGUUGUCAAUACCACGGUCAGUCACAUCGGUAAUCUCUCAAAUGAGCAGUGAUCAAAUCUCCAAUCACUCAUCAAGUGAGUCAUCAAACACACAAAAGAAGCAAAAUGGGAAGAAAACACGUCAACGACAACUCGUCAUAUCCGACUCAGAGGAUUCUGAAGGAAGUGACAAUUCAAGCGAUGAGCAUGAUGACCCAAACCAGCCAUUAAAGAGAUUUUUAGCAGCUUACUCGUUAGAUGAGCAUUUUGAAUUAUUGGUGCAACAACAAAUAGAUUUGGAUACUUUAAUGCUACUUACUGAUGACGACUUGAAAAUCCUUAAUCUGCCACUUGGUCCAUAUCGAAGACUAGCAGUAGCUAUUCAGGAAAGAAAAAGUGCCUUAACUAAUCCAGGAGCCAUCAUCGACAGCCGUCUAUAAAAACCGUCCAUAAAUUGCCUUAUCUGAAAGUUCAACAACUGUGAAUUAUAAUCGUACUUAAUGCAUACCAUUUUUUAAUUAUUUUUUAUCCUUUGAAAGUGCACAACGAAUUAUCUAAUAAAUAAAAAGAAAUAUUUUUCUUCUAAA